CUCCUACUGGUGUUUGGUGAUGAUUGCCACCGGUGGUCUUCUCCGGAUCAAUGCACGACGACAGGACUCACUGCGGUCUAAGGCUCUCAACACAAACACACAGAAGAGAAAGACGAGGAAAAAGAGGAGGAGUGAGGUGGUGAUUGUGAAAGGGAAGCUGAAGUUUUGUUCUCUGUCUGCUGUCCUGGCAGCACUUGGAAUUCUGGUCCUGCUGGUGGGAGUGGUCAUGGUUGCUAUUGGCUACUGGCCUCGAGAUGGUCUGUUCUUCACCACUCAACCACAAGAGGGCAGCACACUCACCUCCACACCUCAUAGAGACGAGCCAGGACGUAUUAAUGGUACUGAGCUCUUCAACGGGACGACCCAGCAGCUCCCACGAGGAUUCCUGGAUGAGUUUCUUGACAGGUAA